AUGCCGUCUAGCUACCAAGCGGAUCAUACCUUUCGGCCAACGUUUGCGGGCGGGGAGGAGGUCGUUAAUGACCAAAGACUUUCUCGCGAGAAGCAAGUUUCGAAGGGGAAAGACAAAGCUGUUUCGGAGGAGACGCAAGCUAAUACUUCCAAUCCUGGAGGUUCUCAAGUUUCACUGGGUAAUAGAUUUGAGACUCUCCAGAGAGAUGCAGAUGUGGAAAGGGAUACGACAGCCACAGACAACCCUGUCGCAUCCCCUACCACUAGUGGCGGAUCCAAACAGGAUACGGUUGCUCAAAACAUGGGGGACGCUGACAUGCAGGUCAUGAUGGACACCGCGAUUAUUUCUACGACGGCUGCCGUGGGCUCUGCAGCUCAUGUGGAGGGUCCGAGCUCCAAUGUGGCAUUAUCAUUAUCCACAGCAGCUUCGCAGCGCAUGACGGAUGACGGAUGA